AGGAAAGGCUGUAAUUCAGUUAUGAGGUGACUGUAGAGAAAUGGGGAGCCAAUGUACCUUGUACGCACAAAAAAAUGGUGUACAACUUUUGAAGCAUUCACUUCCUUUCUCUCUACAAAUCCAAAUGUAGAAGUUUAACAAUUUUCCAUUUUCUCUUCUUCUCUUACCUAGAAAUCAGAUGAGCCUUAGUGAUCAACUCUAACUUAUAUUAUCCUAUAAUCAUGGCUUCUUUUUCUACCACCCUAAAAAAAAACCCCAAUCUACAAACAGGACUAGGAAUCUAGAACUUGAAGUUUCUCUUUACCCAAACCAUGGCUCCUCUUCUCUCCCUAUUAGAAGUUCUUAAGUUAUAACUCGGAGCUAGAAAUUAAGAACUGGGGCUUCAAAAUAACAAAGAAAUUAAGAACUUGAAGGAAGGCCAUCAACAACCUCAAAGCUAAUGCUGCUGCACUAAAUCAAGCUAAUAAUUCUAAGCCCAUACCUCCUAAAGAGUUGCCUAAGUCGAAAUCUGAACAUUAUCAGGAGUUGCAUAAGAAAUCUGAACCUUCAACUGUAUUGCAUACACCUCGAUCAUCAUCUUCUCUUCUUUCUUAUUUUUUUGAUAAUCACGCAACAAAGAAGCAGAAAAGUGAAAGGAAUUUUGGAAAGUUGGGACAUCCUGAUAAACACACCAAGACUGAUCUUAUUUCUGGAAAUACUCAAGUGGUUGAGCCACAUGUCUUAGGGAGUGAGACAGAUCAUCUAUUAGUGGAGACGAGAGAUUCUGAAUUUUAGGCUUCCAAGGAAACCAAACAGGGGUCAAAAGUAGCUGUUAAAUUAGAAGCUAAGCAAGUCAAAAGAGCUCUUCCUGAAGAAUUUUUCGAUGACCAAAAUGCUGAUUUACGUGCAUGAGGCAUUACGCCUGUAAAACCGGAUGUCAAUGCAGUUACAUGACUUUCACCCCCUUCACACGAUUGUGAUUACUUUAACUCUUUCGAGCUCAAUAUCCUUCAGAUGAUGCCACAAGGAAUGUCGAGUACUUGAAUUGGGUUGAUUGAGGUGAUAGAUAGGACCAAAAUGUAACAAUGUGCCACUUGUGCUGGUUGGACAAUUUAAUUGCUCAACAGUUAAUUUCAUAUCAAAUGUAGUGCGGAUAGUUGUUCAAUGUGUAUUGUGGAAGUCAUAGAUUGUGAGAUGUGAAAUUAUGGAAGAUGUUUGGUCCUGAGGCAUUAUUAUCUUUUAGCGUAAAAAGGGAUGAAUAUAAGGAGUUUGAAAAGUUAGUCCAAGAGGAUUUACGAGAGAUAGACAACCGCUUGGAAGAAGAAGAGUUUGAUGCAACUGUGACUAUUGAAGAAGCAGAGUCUGUGGAGCAAAGGACUUACAGGGAGAGAGUAGAAAUGCUAAGGAAGAAGAAGUUGGAGACUAGGGCUGCUAGAUCUGUUUCUACUAAAGGUACUGAAGUCACACAGGAGUCUGGACCUGAAGAAUCAUCAAGUGAUGACGACAAUGACGAUGUUUUAACAGUUGAUUGGAGAGCAAAACAUCUAUACAAAAUUGCUCCAUAUUUGCUUAUUGAAGCUUUUGGUUGAGUUCCCAUCUCAAUGAAGUUGAAAUAGUGCUGUCUUAGCUAUUUGUCAUGAAUAAGCAUCAAUUCAGCAGGCAUGGAUAAGCAUCAAUUUUGCUGAAGACGAAGCUUCUAUAUCUCCAUCUCAGCUUCCAUUUUCACAAAGCACGUGCAGCGAAAGAUUAUUUCCCAUUAAAGUGUUGGAAAAUGGACUUAAUAUGAAUCUCUGAUGACUUUAACGUAUGACUGCUUUUAGCUGUAAAUUGGCUGCAUGAACCAAGCCUCAAGACAGUGGAUUUAGUUAACUUUUAGACAGUCUUCAUUCUUGAAAAUGCAGUUAUGAAAAAUAAUACCAUUUAUGAAUGUACUUUACGUAUACAUGGCUGGAAUGUGUGAAAUUUUUCCUUUAAUUUGGACUCUAGAAACUGUGGACAUCCCACUUCAUGCAAUAUUAUUGUGUGUUUUUGUCACUCCAUGUACUCAGCAAUCCUUGAAUAGAAGUUGUGCAAUGAAGUUGUUCAUGUGUA